UCCUGAAGGGGGCGAUAGUGCGUCAGGUCUGUUUUGUUGAGCAAUGUCAAGGUGCAACGACGAGGAAACGAAAACGAACUAUUUUCAUCAGCGCCAUGUCGAAAAGAAAAGUCACAUUUGAGGACGGAAACGGAGAGCUGGACCUGGAAGAUGACGGCCUGAGUAAAAAGCAGAACUUUGAGGCUGUCAGUGGACCAGGAUCCAGAUUUAAAGGUAAACACUCCCUGGACAGCGAUGAAGAGGAUGACGGCGACGGCGCAGAGAGCAGCAAAUACAAUAUUCUCGACACUGAUGAUGUGGAGGGCCAAGAAGGAGCAACAAUUGACUACGACGAAGGAGUUUCCAUUACUCCUUUUAAUCUGGAAGAAGAGAUGCAAGAAGGACACUUUGACUCCGAGGGAAACUAUUUCAUCAAAAAGGAAACACAGAUUAGAGACAACUGGCUUGACAACAUAGACUGGGUAAGAAUAAAAGAGCAGCCUUUCAAGAAAAAGAAGAAAGGCCUUGCAGCCAAACGGAAACGCAGAGCUGGUGAUGAGGACGAGGCUGAGGAAGAAAAACAGAGAGAAGAGCAGCAGGCCGACCAGGAAGAGGAGGAGGAGGAAGAGGAGGCCGAGCCGGCAGAGGAUCCGCUGGCGUCCUUAACGCAGCAGCAGCUCACCGAAGCCGUGAUUGAGUUGUUGCAACCCGGAGAAACGGUCGCUACCGCCCUCCGGAGGCUGGGAGGCCUCAGCGGACGAAAGAAGGCGAAGCUGGGGGAAGACAAAGAUCCCACAGAGGAGCCUAACCGGGACACAGAGAAACUCGACAGGCUCACAGCGUUGGCAGACAGACUGGUCGGAUCCGGGAUGUUUGAAAUUUACCAGCAGACGUAUGAAAAACUGGCGUACAUGAUGAAGAGCAUGACCAGCAAGCGGCCGGCGGUGGAGCAGAAACGAAGGGGCGGAGAGAAGCAAGACGACGAGCUCGACAUGUUUGGGGACAAGUUUGACGAGAAGGUUGGAGAAAAGUCCGAAAACAAAGACGAGGAAGACAAAAGAGUGAGUGAUGAAGUCAUGUGGGAAUACAAAUGGGAGAACGAAGAGAAGUCUGAAAUCUACGGGCCCUUCACCAGCGAACAGAUGCAGGGUUGGGUGGAUGAAGGCUAUUUCAGCAGCGGCGUCUACUGCAGGAGGGUGGAUCAGGGGGGAUCUCAGUUCUACAACUCGAAAAGGAUUGAUUUUGACCUCUACACAUGAAUCAUGUGCAUCAAAUGAAUCACAACCAAUGUUCUGUGUCAGCAUUUCCUGUUUUACAGGCUUUUUUUCUGAGUUUUUGGUGUAAAAUGGAAUAUUUUAACUCUACCUUUUGCUUUCUGCAACUUGUUUUUAAAUAAACUUUUGCCCUGGUCUGGAUAGAGGUCAUAUUAUGGGUGGUAAAUAUGUACAUUUUCAAAAUAAAUUCAAAUGGCAGAAUAUCUUCAACAAGCAA